UUCAACCAGCUAACUACACAAGCUACUAACCAACAACUCAAUCAAUCAAUAAUCCUCUUCAGAAAUUAUCUCCUUCGUUUGAGAGCCGCAGAUUUGAGCCUCUUAGAUAAAGUCGACGUGCAUUCAGACGCAGACACUCAGAAGACAUGCAUCUAUAAAGGUCAACAAAAGAUGGAUUGUGAGAACUUUCAACGUGUGCUCAUAAGAAGAUCGGAUCAGUUACUCUCUUGCGGUACCAAUUGUUUCGCUCCUGCAUGCCAGUGGAGAAAGAUGGACUCUCUUCACGAAAUAACCGAACGAAUAUCGGGAAUCGGUUUCUCACCAUACCAUCCCCUGCAGAACAGCACCAUCAUAAAGACGUCAGACGACAAUUUCUACUCAGCCCUCGUCACGGAUUUUGCCGCCAGAGAUCCGGCCAUCUUCCGAAUAAUGGGGAAUUUGAAAAGUGUUCGGACCGCUCAAUUCAACACCAGAUGGCUCAACGAACCAGAUUUUGUGUCAUCGUAUGAAGUUGGAGCCUACGUUUAUUUCUUAUUCCGAGAGGUGGCCAUGGAAUAUAUAAACUGUGGAAAAGCUGUCUAUUCCAGAGUGGCUAGGAUAUGUAAGAAUGAUCAGGGUGGAAAAUUUCUCUUGCAAGACAACUGGACGUCGUUCCUGAAAGCCCGUCUCAAUUGUUCACUACCCGGAUCCUACCCCUACUACUUCAACGAGAUCCAGGCGUCCACGUUUGACGAGAGUGAAGCUAGUGUGUAUGCUGUCUUCACUACUGCACCGAACAGCGUAAUUGCAACAGCAGUCUGCGUCUACAGCGUUGCGUCUAUAGACCAGACAUUCAUGGGACCGUUCAAGUACCAACAUGAUACUAGCAGUGCUUGGAUUCGAGUUCAGAACAGCGCUCCUCAUCAUCAGUGCGGCAAUUUAACAAACGUUCCGAAACCGACAAUCACCGAAACGAGUCAGUCGACAUCGAGAUCGCUAGUGGACGCUCAAAAGUAUCAGCUAAUGGACAGGGCAGUCCAGUCCAAACAUCUCAACCCCAUUGUUGUCGUUGAAAGUGAACGCUACGCUCACAUAGCCAUGCACAAAAAAUUUCUUGGGCGACAAAAUGCUACGAUCGCCAUUUUGUUUUUGGCUUCAAUUUCCGGCUACAUUGACAAGAUGACUGUACUUCCGGCAGCCGAUGAUGACGUCAACAAAGAUCAUGUAUCGUGUUUCGUCGAGAGAAUUAGAUUGUUUCAGGUUAGAGGCGAUGAUGAUGAGGAGGAUGACUUUCGGACUGAUUCACGCAUCAAGUCCAUGAAGAUCGACACAGAAUCGGUGGGGAGCAUUUUUUAA